AUAAGAGUACCUGUGGAUCUAAUCCACUUGCAUUCUCAGAAUCUCAAAGUUUUCCUGGGAAGGAUGGCUUCAACUCUUGUUUUCUAUCCUCAAAAUACUUUCUUCAACAAACCCCCUUGUGUUUCUUUCAGCAAGCAGCUCAAGUUGUGGUGCCCCUUUUACUCUCUUAUAGAUGGUUCCUUAGCUUUUGCGUCAUCACAUAAUGGUGUGCUUCAAUUUAGUGUUUCAAGCAUAAAGUCUGAUGGAAGUAGCAAAGGCAGACCUCCCCGGAAAAGUUCUGCACCAGGAAGAACAGAAAAGGAGGAUGAGGAUUCAAAGUCCCAAUCUUCUGACAGAAAACAACCUAUGUCAUCUAACCAGGCGGAGAUAAUGGCCUUGUUCAGACGAAUACAGUCUUCAAUCUCAAAGGGAGAGUCUACAGCCACCAAGAAGAAAAAAGCUAGCAGGUCCGAGGAGAAUUCCCCAACCAAUUCCAUUUUGGAAGUUCUUCGCCAUUCAACGAAGGAUGCAAAAGGCCCAAGUACAGUCAGGGAAGGAAAUAAGGUCCUGACACAAAAACGAAGUGCGUCGAAGGACCAGAAGAUGCAAGCAGAGCAUGCCUUGGAAGAUGUUAAGUUAACCAGACCACCGUCUAAUUUCACAAAGAAGUCCCCAAUACCAUCUCCAUCAACCCCAAGAGAGAACACUACUGAGCUGAAUAGUGAAGCAUCAGAGGGCAAAGCCAGCAACCACAAGUUAGAGCUGCCUGGAGUAGAGAAAAUGAAACUGACUGAACUGAAGGAACUAGCAAAGUCCAGGGGAAUCAAAGGUUACUCAAAGCUGAAGAAGGGUGAGCUUCUGGAGUUGCUGAGGUCCUGAGAAAUGGAAAGUUCUUGGGCCGGAAGACGAGCUAACUAGCUGCUGGAAACCAACGAACACGGCAGCAUAAAACUUAAAUUCCAAGAACUAAUUGUUCUAAAUGCAGUUCCUAUGUUAUUUUAGCCACAGAUUUUUUAAUUUUGUUUUACGUUUUCUUUAUAAACAUGUCUAGAGCUCAUUUGUUAC